AUAAUAACCCAUCUCACUCUUCCUUCUUUCACAUUCACUCAACUCAAUACUAUUAUGGUAUCCUUUUCUUAAAAAGCUUUCCUUUGGCUUUUACUCAACUCACACUUCACUCUCAGCCUUCACUUAAAUGGAACUUUUCGCUCUAGAUUGUGAUGUGCUCGAUUCUGGGUCUGUUUCGUCACCGUUAUCGGAUUCUGGAAGUGGCACUUCCCGUCCGGCAAAUUUCUCCGAUGAAGAUGUGAUGUUAGCUUCGAGUUGUCCCAAGAAACGAGCGGGACGGAAGAAAUUCCGCGGGACUCGGCAUCCGGUUUACCGUGGAGUCCGCCGGAAGAACUCGGGGAAGUGGGUUUGUGAAGUGAGGGAGCCUAAUAAGAAGUCGAGGAUUUGGCUGGGUACUUUUCUCACAGCGGAGAUGGCAGCUCGUGCCCAUGACGUAGCGGCCAUAGCUCUGAGGGGGAGGUCGGCUUGCCUGAACUUCGCGGACUCAGCUUGGAGGCUUCCGGUUCCGGUUUCUACUGAUCCCAAGGAUAUCCAGAAGGCGGCGGCAGAGGCAGCAGAGGCAUUUAGACAACCGGCUGAGCAAUGGGAGGGGAACUCUGAAGCUAAUGCAAAGGGAGAUGAAAAAAAAGGGAGUUUGUGUGAGAAUGGGUUUUAUUUGGACGAGGAGGCGGUUUUUGGAACACAAACUUAUCUGGAAAACAUGGCGGCAGGGAUGAUGAUGUCACCCCCUCGUUGUGGGUACAAUGGGGAUGAACUAGAAUACGAUGCUGCCGAUGAUUUCAUACCACUUUGGAGUUACCGUCAAUAAUACUAGGCUUGAUCAACCUAUAGCUAGGGAUUCAAGCAAAGCCAAUAAUACGUGUGCAUAUAGUUUUUUGCAUUUCAUCCAAAUCCAAUAAACACAGGCAGUUGACAGUUA